CAACUAUCAUCACACACAAACCAAUAAUGUUUUCCCGCACAGCUUUCUCGGCCUUCCGCCCGAUCUCGCGGCCCUCCGCGCUGAACGCAGUCCGCGCCCCGGCCUUCACCCUCCCCUCGGUCCUCCACGCCCGCCUCUUGUCCUCCGAGACCAAGGCGGCAAUUGACAAGGCCGUGGCCUCCGCGCCAGUAGUCCUGUUCAUGAAGGGUACCCCCGAAACUCCCCAGUGCGGCUUCUCCCGUGCCAGCAUUCAGAUCCUCGGUCUGCAGGGCGUAGACCCUAAGAAGUUUGUUGCUUUCAACGUGUUGGAGGACCCUGAGUUGCGUCAAGGUGUCAAGGAGUACUCGGAUUGGCCGACUAUUCCCCAGUUGUACCUCGACAAGGAGUUUGUUGGCGGCUGCGAUAUUCUGAUGUCCAUGCAUCAGAAUGGUGAGCUUGCUAAGAUGCUCGAGGAAAAGGGUGUCCUGGUGGCUGCGGAUCAAUAAUUGGGAGUGGCCGCUUAGCCUCGGGUUGGAAAUGAUUGAUGCCCCCUUCCCGUUGCGGGUUGGUGAUUGGUGUCACCGUGUAAAAUUAUUAAACUCUGCUUUUCUACAGUAUUCAUAUAUACCUUCUCCUGCUCUCACGACAUACAUGAUUAUAUCUCUACGGACACUCGAGAUUAGACGACGGAUAAUGGACAGCGAAUGCUCUACCUUGUGACGCUGGAUAAUG